AAUGAGAUCUAAGCAGGCAAAGUUGAAAGCUGUUGUGUCUCUCCAACGUUUUCAUCAAGACUCCAACGUUCCUUUUUUUCAAAAACCGUUGGAGCUCAAAUCCAUUUUUAAAACCCUCUCUCAAUUUACAUCUCUGUUUUUGACCCAUAUUCUUGUCACUUCAACACCCUCCAACUUUCCAUUUUCACCACCUUUUUAAUGGGGUGUUUUCUCGGCUGUUUUGGUGGUUCUUCCAAAAGAAAACGUAGAAAACCGGCUAAAAAAGUCUUACUCUUACCUCGAGACCCAAUACAUGGCAGUUACGAGCCUCUGGUUUCAUCAGUUUCUACUCUUAUUGAUAUAACUGAGAACCACACAAGCUCAAAUUCUCAGCACGGCAAUAGGAUCAAAAUUGGGAAGAAAGUAAGCUUUAAUUUGAAUGUUCAAACUUAUGAGCCACUUUCAAAAGAUGAAACUAUAUAUAAUUUGUCAGAGAGCGAUGGAGAGGAUGAAAAAGAACAGAGUGGUGCAGAAACAGCAAAAGGGAACUUAUUUUCGGUCUCUGAAGGGAAUUCAACUGCAUCAAAAAGGGGUUCAUUUCCUCCCAAUUAUAGAUACCAAAAUUUGACAGACUGCUAUGAAGAUGAAGACGAUUUUGAAUACAAUGAAAGUGAUUUGGAUUUUGAUGAUGAUGAGGGUGAGGAUGAGAAUGAAGAUCUUGGUGGGAUUGCAAUUGACAUUGAUGAUCAAAGAGUAACUAAAAUUGAGUUCUUGAAGCAACUAAACUCACAACCUGAAGAAUUGUCUCAAGGAAUUUCGUGGAUUCAUUCAGCUGAAGACAAAAGCGAUAACCAUAUUCAACUGCCUGGUUUGAAUUCUAUUUUGAAUCCAGUAGAUAUUCUCACUCAAUGGAAAGCAGUCAAAGCAAAAGCAGCAUCAGCCAAGCACCUGAGGAAGGAGAAUUUUGCUAUACAGCAAGAACCACAAACACCCUUUGAUUUGAAGACAGUUUCCAAUCUGUAUCCUUCCAACUUAGGUCAAUAUAGCAGUCAAUCAGAGCCUUUACUACAGGAGGUUACGGUUAAUGCUAGCCUUUCGAACUGGUUAGCAUCACGAAAUCCUGAGGAAUCCCAAGCCACAAGCAUUUCUGUUGAGAACACUGCAACAAAGAGAAGCAUGCUUGUUAGAUCAUCUUUACAGGAAAGCAGAUAAGAUACACCAAUUCAAGGCAUCACCAACUUGAAGGCCGAAUUAUUGGUGAAAAUUUAGGAAAAAGCUUACGGAUUCAACCGCAAGCGUGCUUUGAAAAAAAAGUCAAAACAAAUAAGUAAACACAAGAAAUUCUGAGAAUAGAAUGAAACAAUAUGGGUUGUUGUUGUCUGGGUUUAUGUUUCUGAUUCUUUUAUUGUAGUCUGACGGUAUUCAUAACCAUAACGAUUCUGGUUUCUGGAUAAGUGGCUUUGAUUGUUUGUUACAUGCCUUACUAUUUGCACAAAAACAAAAUAAUUUUGCAAUCAUGAAAUUCCUGUGAA